GUUCAUUUGUGCCUCUCUAUAAUGGAGGCUAAAAAAUCAAUGCUUCGAGACGUCUAUUCAGGUCGAACCGAAACUCAACAUCAUUCAAUGGGUCCUCCGUCCCUAGUUCCUGCCAGUUCAAACAGAGCUCAAACCUAUAUGGGUGCUGCAAGUACUCUUACUUAGCGAAACGUUCUCGAGUUGCCAAGUAUUUCCUGUGUCUGACAUUCGUGAUGAUAUUCACUCACACGCUCUCAUCAUGCCAGCCCCGAGCACAUUCUUAAUCUCGCAUGAUUCUCAGCUGGAGAUAUCGCUUCCUUCCGGAAUCUCUAUCGAAUGGCUUCGGAAUACUCUGUCGAUGUCGUUGCAGCUGCUAGGAGUCUCCAAAUCUUUACGUUCAUAUACACGUCGAUGGCUACAUUUUGGACGUACGACUACGCCUGUUCAUUCCGUGAGGAGGGAGUGUUUUUGCUUCGUUCCAGCUGGAACAGGGUAAAGUGUUUGUACGUUGUGGCACGAUAUGUGCCCUUUCUUCUUUUUGCUGCGCACUUGUAUCUGAACUUCUUCCCAGAUGAGACCUCCGAUAGAUGUCAAUUUAUCAACAACAUUUGCUCAACUUUUAGCCUGAUAUCUAUCGUCUGCUCAGAAUGUUUCUUCAUCCUUAGGACUUAUGCGCUAUGGGAUAACAAUAAGGUUGUUUUGGCAAUUAUGCUGUCAACUUUUGCAGCCGUAAUUGUGGGGUCCAUGGUUGCCCUCUUUACCGCCACUGCAACUGCACCAUUUCAGACAAGUUCAAUUCCAGGCGUUACAGGCUGUUAUCAGUCCUCAGGAAGUACCGGGCUAUUUGUCCCUUUCCUUCUUUUGUUUGGAUUGGAAUUGAUGCUGAUUUCCCUCACGCUCACAUGCGCCAUACGAAAUUGGCGUGAAACUGAAAAUCGUUUUUAUAUCGUUAUAUUGAAACACAAUGUGUUGUAUUAUGCAUGUGGUUUGUUUUUCUCGACCGUGAAUGUCGUGACAUCACUGCUACUUGAUUAUGCGUAUAGCGGCAUGUUCCAAGAUUUCCAAUUUAUCAUUCAUGCCAUACUCGCCACUCGAAUGCACCUCCAUCUAUGGCAUGCUAACUACGAUCGUGAUCGUUAUGCCUCGGAUUUAGUUUCUCUUUCCCAGUUAGCACCCGCACCUCAUAUCGAGUCGACCUAUUAGCGUAUUUGCUCUCACAGCACAGAGCGGUCUGGAAAGAAGGAAAGAUCGCGAUUGACUGCUACAGUGGGUUCGCCCGGCGAGAUCAGAUUUUCACUUGCGACUGGUGGCAGGGAAACUCAUGCAUGCGUCCGAAGUGGCUCCUGGAGUUGCCACAAAUGGUCAUGGUUGAAUGGUCAGUCGGGAUCGGUGGUGGUUUUCGGAUCAGUGUAGAUUCACUGUAUAAUAAUUGUAU